UUUUUUUUUUGAGAUGGAGUUUCGCUCUUUCGCCCAGGCUGGAGUGCAGUGGCGUGAUCUUGGGCUCACUACAUCCUCUGCCUUCCAGUUUCAAGCAAUUCCCCUGCCUCAGCUUCCCGAGUAGCUGGGAUUACAGGUGCCUGCCACCACACCCGGCUAAUUUUUGUAUUUUUAGUAGAGAUGGGGUUUCACCACGUUGGCCAGGCAGGUCUCGAACUCCUGGCCCGCCUUGACCUCCCAAAGUGCUGGGAUUAUAGGCUUGAGCCACCUUGCCCGGCCGCUUUGUCUUUAUUUUCUGAGGGAAAGCUCAUCUAGGGUAUGAACCCCAAAAAUCUGAGACAGGUCUCAAGUAAUUUAGAAAGUUUAUUUUGCCAGGGUUGAGGAUGUGCACCCAUGACACAGCCUCAGGAGGUCCUGAGGACAUGUGCCAAGGUGGUAGGGGCACAGCUUGGUUUGUGUACAUUUUAGGGAGACAUGAGACAUCAGUCAAUAUGUGUAAGAUGUACAUUGGUUCAGUCCAGAAAGGUGGGACAACUUGAAGCAGGGAGGGGGCUUUCAGAUUAUAGGUAGAUGAGAGGAAAAUAAUUGCAUUCUUUUGGGUUUCUGAUUAGCUUCUCCAAAUGAAGCAAUCAGAUAUGCAUUUAUCUCAGUGAGCAGAGUGGUGACUGAAUAGAAUGAGAGCUAAGUUUGCCCAAGCAGUUCCUAGCUGGACUUUUCCCUUUAGCUUAGUGAUUUUGGGGCCCCAGGAUUUAUUUUCCUUUCACAAGGGUGAAGAUAAUGCUGAAUAAAUGUUUGAGGCAUUGAAUUGAACUCAGGUGUGUGGCCUCAACCUACUUCUGUGAAACUUCCAUAGAGUACCACUCUGUCUACCUCAUGUAUGCUACUUCCCAUUAGAUUUAAAUAUUGGAUAAAUUAAUAUUUACCAAGUUUGCACAAAUAACUGAUAUAUAUGAAUUUUAAAAUUAUCUCAUAGAAGAAGCUUCCUUUGUUCUCUCCACGGAAUCUUUUCCAAAGCAGUGCAGCCUCUUGCUUUGAAAACAGGAAGGUAGAAUAUUCCAAAUGCAUCAUAAGUCCUCUGUUUAUAUUUUUAAAACCUGUACUCUUUCCAAGCCUCUAGGCAAGAACAAAUAGAAAUAAUCAGAGGCCUUAGAACUUGAUUAUGUUGAAUUGAAUUAUUAAGCUGAGGCUUGAUAGCCAAAUUAAUUGUGCUAUAGUUUAUAUUGAAGAGAUGCUUGUGAUAUUGCAAAACCAUAAACUGGCUUGCUGGAAUCUUCGAAGACAUCUGGAUGCUUUGGAAAAUACAACAAUCACAUGCUUUUUAUUAUCUCCAUAAUUGUAUUCUUUUUAAAAAGGAGCUGUGUAAAUGAUACAAACAGGAAGCAGGGAAAUACUGGGUAGAAGAAGGUGGUCCCUGGUGAGAGCCACACCCUCAAGCCUGGACCCAUGGCCCAAAGUGAGAACAUGCAUUUCUGUUUUCCUCACCCGAAUGUUGCCUUUUCCAAAACCAUACUGGCCUGCCCUGUCCCCCAUCCUGUGCCCAUAAAAACCACAGGCCCCACCAGCAGAGCAGCAGAGCAGCUGAGAAAGACAGAAGAGAAGAAGUAGCUGGACAUUGGAGAGAAGCAGCUUGACUUCAGAGGGACAGCUUGACAGUGGGACCUUGGAGAAGAGUUUGACCAGGGAUGGCCAAACUCCAGGGGAAGACCACCUUCCCACUCCAUCCCCUUUCCAGCUCCUCAUUCCACUGAGAUCCACUUCCAUCAGCAGUAAAAUCCUCUGGGUUUACCAUCUUCAAUUCAUUUGUGUCACCUGAUUCCUCCUGGAUGCCAGACAAUGACCCAGGUACGGGUGCAAGAGACUGUCACACUGACCCUCCACUGAGCUGUCUAACACUUAAGCCAUCCAUGGAUGGCAAAACUAAAAGAGUACACUGUAACACAGGGCCUCUGGGACUCUGGGGGCUUGUGGGCAACCCCUAGAUGCUGCCAUGGGCCUGCACGGAGUUUUGCCUCUGCCCAGUUGCCCAGAAGCUCUUGUCCUGGCCUCUGCACCUGCUCACCUGUGUGCUACCCUGCCCAUGAGGGGUUGAGAGCUGUGGGAUGAGUAAAUGAGCCAACCCCUUCACGAGUCUUGCAAAGAGUCUGAGGGGAAUAUCCCAUUUCAUAAAGAUAUAGAGUGAACACAGAGAGAAGGUCAUGGAGUUUGGAAUCAGACAGACUAGAUUUGAAUCCUGGUUCUGUCUCAAGCAGCUAGGAUGACUUCAGCAUGUUUCUUGGUGCUUGUGUUUGUGUCUACUUCCUCAAUUUUUCAGUAGAGAAAAAAUAAUACUCAUAGGACCACUCUGGUGAAUUGUUGAAUAGAUUGUGUGUUAUCUGCCACACUUCAAGUACUAGCAUGCAUUAAAAUCCCUAUCCCUUUGCCCUCCAAUGUAAAAUGAUAUGAAUUCUGUGGCUUACACAUAGCUAUUUUUUUUUUGUCCUGCAUAGAUAAGGCAAUUCCAUAAGGCUGUGUUACCAUUCUCCUAAAGGGCCUCCCUGUGGGGCCACAGUACAUCUUGCCUAAUUUCUUUUUAACAAUAUUUAUUUCUGUGGUCAAGAAGAAGAUAAGGUACCUUAGAAGUAGUCACUUUUCUAUCUCAAUUUGGAUAUGCUUGUUGAAGAACUCUUACAACCACUUAUUUCUGGAAAAAAAAAAAGAAAUAUUUUCAGCCAUCUCUUCACCUCAAAAACAGCAGGCAUCAUGGAUUAUUGGAAGGGAAUUACCCAGAGAAAGUGCUCUUAAAAACAACUGCAUGUAGAGGAGGCUGGCUUAUCAACAGGCAAAAAAGGAGAUUUUUUUUCUACUAAAUUUCAGCUUGUCACUAUAAAUGAGAAAAUAGCCACAUUCGUAAUAUAUUCUGUGGGGACAGUGCUGUGAGUGUUUCUACUGGUGGAAUUCUCAAGUAAGAGGUUCUAAGAAUGAGCAUUUACUCUUAGAAAACCCUAGGGAAUGGCUAUUAGGAAUCAGGUAAACAAUGAAAUGAGAGCCCUUUCAAACAGGGAAGCAAAAAAAGGCAGAUCAGGUAAAUGAAUUCACUGUAGACCACAUUGUGGAAAAUGUGACGUGAUAUGAGACACAUUUCAUUUAGCAUGAAUAACUAAUGUAAUUACAAUCAGCUAAUGAAUUUUUUUUCUUUUUCUGCAUAAUAUUAACAUCAUCCAAAGUUAAGAAGGUAUUUUUUUCCGAUGAAAACCCUAAAGUCAUGCAAAAUUAUGUGGACUUCCUUUCUGAUUCUUGGAGAGAAGUUAGGGUUGUUUUAGCCUUUACCUACAUUUCAGUUUAAGGCUUAUCCACAAUCUAGAAACGCAAUGUUAAAAGAUAAAGAAGGAUCUAUAGAACACAUUUUUUUUAACUUAAAACAUGGAUAUUAGAACUUAUAUUUGAUUAUAUUUUUCUUUGUGCUGAAGGAUUGAUCUCCUUGUCUAACACACGUUGAAAAUCUGGAGGGGGUUUCAUUGGAAAAUUGUAGCAUUUCCUUUAUUAGCUACCCUUAAAAAUAACAAGAAUAAUUAAUCUGCUGGUUUAGCUUAAAUUUGGUCUUAUGACAGGCAUGCACACAAGCUGGCUUGUUAUUACCCUAUCCUCCUCCAUGAUUCUGUCUUGUGAAAUCAUGAAUGGAAUUUCUAUGAAAAUAUACAGCAAAUAGGUUCCUGACAAAAUUACUAUUCACAUAAUUCAUCAUCCUUAAGUGACAGAGAUUUGUAAAUAAUGAAAUCUAGUGAGAAAUCUUUAGUUUCAUUUAGCUAGUAGCUUAGAAGUGAUUCUGAUUCCACCUGUUUACCAGAACUCCUAAAGAGAAAAUGAAGAAAUUUAAACUUCAAAUCCCAUUUCCUUUUCUUUUUGAAAUUAAAAGCACCUUGUUGAUGGAGGAGCAGUGAUUGGUAUCUGUGCAAGGUGGUAUAUGGGACCAUUUGAUCAUAACUGAUAUGAUGUAAGGAAUGGGGUUGUCUGGAAAAAUUAGGAAAUGGGAGGGGUGGGAGAGCAAUUUAAGAAAGGCACAGGCAUGCCACUGGUGGAAAUUACCUUCUAGUAUCUCCUCUUCUGUUUACAGUAGCUCUUACCUUUCUCCAAGGGAUAUGUAUUGAGUAUUCACAAAGAAAGUAAAAUGGCUCCAGUGUUACCUCCGUUUGUCCUGUUUAUUAUUGUGGCUAUGAUGUUUUUGGCUAAUUAUCAUUGUAUCCUAAGUUCUUUACUAAAUGGAUGGAUGAAUGCACGCAUACAUGGAUGGAUGGACACAUGGAAUGGUUGAAUAUAUAUAGGGGUUUCACCCUGAAAUACCUUAAGAUUUAUUGUAUUUUAGAUUUUAAUGGACCCAACUGAGAUUACUCAUGACUUAAUUCACUUCUUGCCAGUGAGAAAAGGUAGCCAUGUGGUGAGAAACUUGAAGGUGAGAACCAUUUUCCAUAAUCUUUUCCAUGUUUGUAACUCACAUAUUUUUAUUUCUUAAAGUUUCCAUUUUGAUUAUCAUUUCACUUCUAUAUCUCCUGUGGUAGGUAAGGCAUAUGUAUUUAUCCCUGUUUCUAGAUUUCCAGAGAGGAAAAUGAACUACCAAAGGUCAUGUCCCUUUCUGUUUUGUGCAUCUGUGUGGCAGAUGGACACCUUAUCAACAACUCUUGCCAUGAAUUGGACUGUCAAGCAAUGGGCGAUACUCAAAAUAUCAAUAGGAUAGUGAGCAGGAACAUUAAAUUCUAGGUUUUAUUUUGUCCCUAAAAAAAUCUGUGACUUCUGUCAAUUUACUGAACAUUGGAGGCACAGUUUCUUCAUCUGUACAAGGCCGGGCAGUUCUAGUAAUUCUCUGAUUCUCAGAAUCUAGGGAGCUUGUCUCAGUGGUUAGAAUUUGGCUCUGGAUUUAGUCUACUUGGGUUUGUAGGUACCUUCGCUGCUUCAUAGCUUUGUUACCUUGGCAAAGUACUUAACCUAUAUAAUCCUCACUUUUCUCAUCUGCAUAGUGGGGAUAGCAGUAAUAAAACCCCUUGAAGAGUUGCCAUGAGGAUUAAAUAAGAUAAUCCACAGGAGGCAUUUUGCGUAGUGCCUGAUGCAAUUAAGUGCUCAAUAGAUUAGCAGAUCUUCUACUGUGGCUUAUUCAGAAAACGUUAAGGUGAGUAUCACUGAUGUUUUUAGAAAGCAGUUGGUAUUAACAGGUUCCUAUAUGACUGAUCCAACUGCCUGAAUCCUGCCCAAAUCAUUAAAGCUUUCUAAAGGGCAGAGCCAUCAUAACUAAUCCCACAAUGUCCCAUAGGCCUCUUCAAAGAGAAAAAUGGCCCCUCUAGGAGCUCAGCAAUUGUUUCAGGAUGAUAAUGUUGAUAAUUCCGUCGCAUCAUUGGGUUUUCUGGCGCAGACAGGUAAGACACGGAGACCUUUGGGUUGAUGGCAAGAUUUGGAGGGCUGAUUGUGGCGCCUUUGAUGUGAGGAGGUAUUCCUGCAAUCCUUCCGACACACCUAAGCUGCUGUAAGUAAUGACUCUUGUUGCUCAUGUAUCUGAUGCUUCUGCCACUGUGUUAAGUCUCUGAAAAAUUUGCCAGCCUGACACCCAGGAUCUAGUUGUAGAACACUGCAGGAGUAAUGGUAUUUUUUCAUGUGGUGCUCAACAUACAACUCCUACACUGAAUUUUAACUAUGGGAUUUUUGUGAAUUAAAGACUUUCAGGUAAAAUAGAUACAGUGAAUAAGGCGGGGAAUACCUAAGAGAGCAGCCCCCUUUCACCCAUUGGCCCUUUUCUUUUGAUUUGAUUAAAAUUCUGUGAAUAUCUGCAUUAGUUAUUGUUAUGAAAUGCAUACCCAGCUCUUCUUUGUAGCCUUCAGAAAGAGCAAAUAAUUUAGUGUUGUGCAGCAUUAAGGUUUAUUGGCCACGAAACACAGAUAAAGACUGUGAUGAUAAAAUUUUAGAAUGCAGACAGGGAGUUUAGUAGUGGCCAACUUUUAAAUUCCUGUGCCGAGUAAUCCACGUGCUCUCUCAGUGAGGCUAUGCUGCUGGGACCAUCUAAGGUAAGGGUGUCCAAUCUUUUGGCUUCCUGGGGCCAUAUUGGAAGAAGAAGAAUUGUCUGGGGCCACACGUAAAACACAAUGAUAGCUGAUGAGCUAGAAAAAAAAUCACAAAAAUUCUUAUGUUUUAAGAAAAUUUAUGAAUUUUGUUGGCCCAUGGGCUAUGGGUUGGACAAGCUUGAUCUAAGGGUUAUUUCUUUUGUUGAAUCCUGUGGGGACUACGGACAUUAGAUUCACACUUUUAUCCCCAGAUCCAAGCACUGCUUAGUCAUCAGGUCAGGAGUUAACAAAUAUUUGUGGAAGGAAAGGGUGAGGACGGAAAGGAAAAAUUGAGGGAGAAAGAGAAAGGGAAGAAGAUUAGAGCCUACCUCCAAUAGGUGACUAUAAAUAUUUUGUUGUUGUUUUUAGUUUUCAUUCUGCAUUGUCACUUUGGGUAAGGAUAGAGUGUUUUUGUGCUGUUGAAGAAAUAGCAUUAACAGAUGAGUUUUCAGGUGUCUUAAAACUGAACUCUGCCUAUAAGAUGGACACAGUUGUCCAAACUACUUUAAAAAACAAUAGAUUCAGUUUUAUAUUCAUUCACUUAAAGGGUAGGGUAGAUACUUGUCAAAUGUGGUUUUGAGGGUUUACACUGGAAAGAAAAAUCUCAUCAAAAAUAUGAAGCAAGGCCUCCCUUCUCUUUUCAUUCUCAUUUGGAAGAAAGGGGAGAACAUCUUAUUUUAGUCUUUUUUCAAGAGCGUAACUUAUUCAAAGGCUUUGUUACACUCUGCAGGACACUACCCAUAUUUAAGUAAAAAAAAAGGAUUCAUGAGUGAGCCAGCAAUCAGCAAGUAUUUACUGAAGCCUCAUAUACCAGAAAGUUCAAAGUGCUAGUUUAAAUGGUCUUCCUAAGGUAUUUAACAAAGUCAUGUCACAAAAUACAUUGUAGAAGAUAAACAUUUAUCAGUGAGUCAUCACAGACCACAAGUGCCCUUACAACAGAGUGGACGUAUGUGCUUCAUUUUCUGAUAUAUUAGUAAAUCUGAGAAAUAUUGUCCAGGUUGUAUAGGAUGUACAGUAUUUUCAUUGUCUUUAAGUGCCAGCGGACUACAGAUGGCUCUCAGAUCCCCUUGGAUCACUUCUGUGUGGUUUGUGUACCUAUUUUGAAUCCUCUAGUCUUCUCCUGAAUCGAAACCUCACAUUCCAAUUAAAAUUGCUUAGAAAUUCAGCUCACCUGAUAGGCUUGAGAAUAUUUUCUUCUCAAGUUGUGGUUUCUACUUGAUCCCUUAUUUGUAAAAUUGAAUUCACUGACUUUGAUCUAAAUAAUUAGGGUUGUGAAUAUUAGUCUAGGUUUUAAUCUAAUCCAAGGAAUGGUUACUUCUCUUUAGUUUUUCCUUUCUGAUUAUAAAAAUAGAGGGUUGUGCUAUGAAUUUCAAUAAACAGCCUGGUUGGGAGAACAAUUCUGUCUGUAUCAUUACAGGAUGCCCAUUAAGAGUUGACUCAAAGGUCCCUUUUCCCUGUGGCUGAAGGUGGUAGUUUGCCGUCCUGCAGAGUCAGUGGUGGCAUCUGUCACAUGCCACUUCCGCAGAAUGCACUGAUGUGGAUUAAAGAUCUGUAACAUCAUCUAAUAAUGCCUAUCUAUUGGAGAUAGGCAUCACUUUGAUAGUAUAACUUUGGGCCUUAGAGAUGUGGUAUGCAAGUUAGAAAUUUGAUUGUACUAUUUGUAUAAAAGCUGUUUUUAAAGAAAGAGCUAAAAUCUAAGGUGGUAGCAUACUAAAGCUUAGUUUCUUACUUUAAAUAUCACAGUAGAUUCAGAUCCUGACUUAUGAGGCCAAAAAGGUUAGCAGUCCUGAUAACCUUGCUGUACAUUUAGAAAUGAACUAGUCAGUAUGUGAGAAUAUGCAUAGAUUCCUAGAAGAUGUUACACAUCAGCAGAUCAGCAGUGUAUUAGUCUGUUUUCAUGCUGCUGAUAAAGACUACCUGAGACUGGGUAAUUUAUAAAGAAAAAGAGGCUUAAUGGACUCUCAGUUCCUUGUGGCUGGGGAAGCCUCACAAUCAUAGUGGAAGGCGAAAAGCACAUCCUACAUGGCAGCAGACAAGAGAGAAUGAGAACUAAGCAAAAGGGGUUUCCCCUUAUAAAACCAUCAGAUCUCAUGAGACUUACUUAUUCACUACCAUGAGAACAGUAUGGGGGAAACCACCCCAUGAUUCAAUUAUCUCCCACCAGGUCCCUGCCAUAACCGGUGGUAAUUAUAGGAGCUACAAUUCAAGAUGAGGUUUGGGUGGGCAUACAGCCUAACCGUAUCAAGCAGUUUAACUAUUUCUCUCUUAUCUGAAAUCUUUUUUAUUUUAUUUUAUUUUUUUAGAGACGAGGUCUCACCCUGUGGCCCAGGCUGAUCUCAAACUCCUGGCCUCAAGUGAUCCUCUUGCCUCAGCCUCCCAAGUAGUUGGGAUUACAGGUGUGAGGCCCUGUGCCUGGCCUCUCUCUGAGAUCUUAAAAUGAAUCUGGUGAGGAAAGAAGAAAAUUGGAAGAAAACCAACUAUUAAAAACUAGAAAACACUUUUAAGGACUUGAGGAAGAAAUAAGCAUUAAGACGUAUACAUGUUUCUAAUUUCUAGCAAUGAGAUGUUAGUAUAAUACAGACGGAAGGCAUGUAAUUAAGAAAUUUACCAUUAAGUUGGGAAAUCCUAUCCCAUGAAUACAGAUGUUUUAGGCUUGCAUAAAACUACAUGGAAUAUCAUCAAUGCAAUAAUAAUAAGCAGUGCUGUCUGGACAUUUAAAACUUUUUUUAAAAGUUUGGUAUCCUAGAGACAACUAUAUAGAUUUUGCGAGAAAAUGCCCACUGGGUCAUUGAAAAAUAAGCUUAUAGGGGUAUAUGCAUGGCACAGUAAUUUCAUUGGUAGGAGAUUUCUUUUAGAUUUUUAGCUUGCCUUUAAUGGGCUCUAUCCUACAUCCCAAAUACCUUCUUUUCUUUUCCUCCAUUUCCCAUACAAGUGGUGAUGUGUUAAUUUCAAAAUGUUAGUGAAAAAAUACUGUUGCUAAAAAUAUUUCAGCUUGCCUGAGCUUGAUCUGGGGAGGACACAUGUUUCUGGGAGAGAAGCCACAUUCAACCCUGUCAUGUUGUGUAUAUGCUACUCUGCAGGGCGCACCUAUGCCAAGAGGCAGUUGGAGAAAAUGGCUAAGCUGGUUGUGGAGCUGGACUCCCUGGGUUCAAAGUCUCAUUUUUCUACACACUGGCUAACUGUAGACAAGUUACUUAUUUCUCUGUACUGUAGUUUUCUCAUGUAGAGCCUGGAGAUAAGACCAACUUUAUAAAGUUGUUGAGAAAUUAAAUGAGUUAAUACAUAGAAUAGUGCUUGGCACAUGGUGUAUACACAAUAAGUAUUAGCUAUUGCUACUAGUUGUAAGUAAUGCCUUGCUAGCACAAUUUCUGUACCUUUUGUGAUUGAUCUGGUAAACCACGUUGUAUUAGUCUGUUUUCACGCCGCUAAUAAAGACAUACCCAAGACUGGGAAGAAAAAGAGAUUUAAUUGGACUUACAGUUCCACAUGGCUAGGGAGGCCUCAGAAUCAUGGCGGGAGGCAAAAGGCACUUCUUACAUGGCAGCGGCAAGAGAAAAUGAGGAAGACCCAAAAGCAGAAACCGCUGAUAAAACCAUCAGAGCUCAUGAGACUUAUUCACUACCACAAGAACAGUAUGGGGGAAACUGCCCCCAUGAUUCAAAUUAUCUUCCACUGGGUCCCUCCCACAACACAUGGGAAUUAUGGGAAUUAUGGGAAUACGAUUCAAGAUGAGAUUUGGGUGGAGACACAGAGUCAAACCAUAUCAGAUGUUAUGAAUAAACGUGCAAAACACAGAGACCCUCUUACUAAGGUAGAAGCUUAAAAACCAUGACUAAUUUCCAGUGUUUUUUUUUUUUGAAGCUUUUUUUAAUUAGCCAGCUACCCUACUAGUUUGCAAAUGCCUUAAGAGCAAGGUUCAUAUCAUAUUCAUCUUGUAAUACCUCUGCCGCACCUAACCGAGUAUUGAAGUGUUGAAUUAAUAAAUCUUCUGGAAUUUCUUUUUUCUUCAGGUUACAUUAGGAAUAUGAAGUAUUAUGAGUAGGGCACCUAGAUUUUCAAAAAGGAGAUAGAAUAGAUGGCAUCUCCACUAGGCCCAGAUAGAGUAUAAAAACAAAAGCACGGCAGGGCGCAGUGGCUCACACCUGUAAUCCCAGCACUUUGGGAGGCUGAGGCAGGUGGAUCACCAGAGGUCAGGAGUUCGAGACCAGCCUGACCAAUAUGAUGAAACUAAAAUUUAGUCUCUACUGAAAAUACAAAAAUUAGCCGGGUGUGGUGGCAUGUGCCUGUAAUCCCAGCUACUUGGGAGGCUGAGACAGGAGAAUUGCUUGAAGCCAGGAGGCAGAGGUUGCAGUGAGCCGAGAUUGCACCACUGCACUCUGCCUGGGCAACAAGAGUAAAACUCCAUUUCAAUAAAUAAAUAACAAAAGCAAACUAAAAAGACACUUCUCAGAGCUACUUUGCUUAUGUCACUAGUUCAUGGUAGAAGGAAAAUGGUGACUGUAGAAAUGGUCAAACUGGGAUCUUUUUCAGGAAAUGAAACACUUAAUGUAGACUUCUGUGGAAAGCAUCCAUAGACUUCUGUAGAAAGCAUCCGUAGACUUCCGCAGAAAGCAUCCGUAGACUUCUGUAGAAAGCACUGAUAAUGUUGUAUGAACAGACCAUAAGGAGAUUGAAGCCCUCCAUGUAUUCUGUUUGCCCUUGGAAUAUAUGUGCAUGUGCAUGUGCUUGCGUGUUUAUUUUCAUUUGGGUUUAUGCCCUAUUUUUAAUUUGUAAGCAGAACAAGAGGCUAAGGGCUCUCAUAUGCCCCUAGAAUUAUAUAGUCAGCCUUUUCAGGAAUUUUUUUUUUUAAUCCCUCAACAUUUAUCUUUGCAUCAAAAAUAAAUUUUUUAAAAAAGUAAAUAAGGAUAAAAGAAAAACCGAGUAGUUGGGAGGGAAGGAGGAAUUUGGAGUCAUGGGAAUGGGCAGGUGUUCAGGUGAUUUAAAAUGAGAAGUGAAGGCAUAUUCCUGGAUACAUGUCGAUAUGCAUUAUUAAAUGAAACAGUGGUAAAAUAUAGACUGUCAGAAGCAUUUUUCUUCUAGAGACAUGAGGAGAAUUGAAAUGCAGUUUCAAAGGAGAAGUCUCUUUCGGUGUUUCUUCAAUCAUUUUUUUUGUUUGAAGCUUUAAUUACAGUGCUCCUUGCUACCUAAUGCUUUCAGUUUAAAAUGACAUCACAAAAGAGAGGAGGGGAAGAUGUAAUUGCUCAGAUGAAGGGCAGCCAUCACAGCAGCACUGAGGUAUUUACUCACCAGGGAGUUCCUGCUACAUGAUUCUUUUCUAGAUCAACAUUUUGUUUUUGGAAUGCUUUUGUAUCAUGCAUAUUUGACAUGGUUUGUCUUUAGAGUGAUUGCUGUGAUAUUGCUAUUGCCAGAGCAGAUAAUAACCUUCGGGAAAUAAUGUAUUCUGAAAUAAAGGAACUAGUUAUUUGCAUAGUUUUCUCUGGAUUGGAUAAUGUGUACAGGUGGCUAGUGGCUUCCUAAAGGUUUAGUAUUCUAAUCAAAUAAACUUGUAUUUAAAUACAUUAACACAGACCAAUACACGCACAUAGAAGCACAUGUGUACACAUAGAUAGGUGCACAUGCAUGUGUACACAUACAUCACUGUCAUAGCUCUUCAUGCAGAAUACUUUGCUAUUCAGCCCCAUCAACACAUACUUUUUGAAAAUAUGCUCAGCAGAGGGGUACAAGCAUACAGAGGACUCAGACCCCAGUCUCAACUUCUUCACAGUCUGAUGGGGACAGACUUGGGAGCAGAGAUGCUAUGAUGGGGGAGGCUGUGUACAUUGCAGCCUGAAAACAGAGUAGAAGAGGGGCCCUUUCUCCUGCGGGCCCCUGGGAAGACUCCAGGAGGUGAUGGAUGAACUUUGAGCUGGUCAUUGGUGAAAGAACAUGGAUUAGCUGAGCAGAAAAGAAGAAGGAAUACUGGAUGCAGUAAGUAACCACUUUGGGACUAAAUUUACACCAAAAUGAGUAUUAGUUCCUUUGGUUCCAAAUGGUUCAGAUGUUCUUUAAAGGCACUGUUCUUACUGCCCAGAGGAAAGAGAGUGAGCUGAACCAUACAUGCUUCUAGUAAAGAUUGUAUGUAUGUCAUAUAUGUAUAUCUAUAUGUAAUAUGUCUACCCAUGAUUAUACGUUGUCUAUAAAGCCCCUUCACACUUUUUUUUAACCUCAUAGCAGCUCAGCAGGUCAGUUUAAUAUGAUCAUUAUUUUUCAGCUAAGGAAAGGGAGGCUCACACAGAUACAUGGCCCAGUUUCCCUCCAAUGAUGUUCUGGGACUCACUGCUCUUACUCAGGUCUGUGCUGCCCAUUACCUCCGUGAAGUUAGAUCACAGGUUACAAGUUAGAUCUCUCAUAUCCGGAUCUCCUGAUGGCAUUAGCAGCGUUUAGUCAGUGACUUUCCUGGGCCUGCCUGGAUCACUCUCACUUCAUGUUGAUGAGCUCUCUCAGGAAGCCAUAGAAUUUGAGCAAAAAUGCAGACUUCCCAGAGGCUUUGCCGGGUCCUCCAUCUCACUCCCCUCAGGAAUUUCAACAAAUCUCUUAAUGCUAUUUUGUCAUUUCUGUACUUCAAAGUGUUUCUGCCAGGCAUACCUUGUCUGUCCCAGCUCUGACUCUUUGGGGCUGAGUAGGUUUACUUGUUUAUUUUUUGGUUCUUACAUGUCUCCAACUCCAUGUGGAUUUACAUCCUAUUGGGUGAGGUUUUGUUUUUCCUUGUGUCUGUAGGUGAGAAGAUGUGAACAUACAGUUAAUUGAAACUAAGUCUAGAAUCUUGAAGCCAGAAGGAGAAAUGUAUCAGAAUUAGAAAUGACAUCACAGGCCGGGCGCGGUGGCUCAUGACUGUAAUCCCAGCACUUUGGGAGGCUGAGGAGGGCGGAUCACGAGGUCAGGAGUUCAAGACCAGCCUGGCCAACAUGGUGAAACCCCGUCUCUACUAAAAAUACAAAAAUGAUCAGGGCAUGGUGGCACAUGGCUGUAAUCUCAGCUACUUGGGAAGCUGAAGGAGGAGAAUUGCUUGAACUGGGACUCGGGAGGUGGAGGUUGCAGUGAGCCGAGAUCGCACCACUGCACUCCAGCCUGGGCUGCAGAGCAAGACUCCAUCUCAAAAAUAAAUAAAUAAAUAAAAGAAAUAAAUAAAAAAUAAAGAAAAGAAAAGAAAUGACAUCACAAAAAAGGGCUGGCUCCUCAUAAAGCAGUCUUCACACACAGAAUGUAUGCUGUGUGACCAGGAAUUUGUAGCAGCUGAGAAACCAUAGUUGUUCAUAAGAAAAAAAAAAAAUUAGAAGGCACAAUAUGCCAGUAUGGCUAGCCUGCCUGCAUUAGGGUCUCAGUGAUGCUGGUGGGAAACUUAAAAAAAAAAUGUGAAGAAUUUUCUUUUCUUCUUUUUGUACAAUUAGAUCUUCUUGACUAAGAAAAAAUGCAGACAAGCAAUUACUCCGUUACUUUAAUUACUCUCCCAAUUAUAACGAUAACCUUGUCACAUUAUCGUAAUUCCCCAGACAGAAAAAUGCAUGCUCCAAAUUGCACCAAUAUUUGGUAAUUUUACCUUGUUAACGGCUCACUGUCAGUAUGUAGAGCACUACAUUUUUUCCCCAUUACCUUUCUAUUGCACAGUCUAUAUUUCUUUGCCUCAGAAAAUGAUAAUACAUUCUGUACAACAUGUUUGUGUUGCACAACCCCGUGAUUUGAAUAUGGCUUUUUAACAUCUCGCAGUUUCAGAAGCUAUCUCCUGAGCAGUUUGUAAUUCUCUCCUGGCUGUUUGAUGGUAAUGGGAGCUGUACAUGUAUCUGGAGAGAGGAGAACCAGCCUGGGAUUGCAGAUUGAGCUUAAGCAAGAAGUUUGUAGGCUAAUCAAGGCUGGCUUGACCUACAAAAGAAGAAGAGAGUUCUGCCUGCCCACUUGGGCUUGUGUUGACACGGCUGAUAACUUGCCAUCACCUGUUGCCAGUGUGGAAAAAUUCUCCCUGUUGAAUUUUUUGCACAUGGAGGACAGCAGCAAAGAGGGCAACACAGGCUGAUAAGAACAGAGACAGCAGGGAGAUUAUUUUACCAUACGCCCUCAGGACGUUCCCUCUAGCUGGAGUUCUGGACUUCAACAGAAUCCCAUCCAGUCAUUUUGAUUUUGCUGUUUAUUUUUUUUUUCUUUUUCUUUUUCCCACCACAUUGUAUUUUAUUUCCGUACUUCAGAAAUGGGCCUACAGACCACAAAGUGGCCCAGCCAUGGGGCUUUUUUCCUGAAGUCUUGGCUUAUCAUUUCCCUGGGGCUCUACUCACAGGUGUCCAAACUCCUGGCCUGCCCUAGUGUGUGCCGCUGCGACAGGAACUUUGUCUACUGUAAUGAGCGAAGCUUGACCUCAGUGCCUCUUGGGAUCCCGGAGGGCGUAACCGUACUCUACCUCCACAACAACCAAAUUAAUAAUGCUGGAUUUCCUGCAGAACUGCACAAUGUACAGUCGGUGCACACAGUCUACCUGUAUGGCAACCAACUGGACGAAUUCCCUAUGAACCUUCCCAAGAAUGUCAGAGUUCUCCAUUUGCAGGAAAACAAUAUUCAGACCAUUUCACGGGCUGCUCUUGCCCAGCUCUUGAAGCUUGAAGAGCUGCACCUGGAUGACAACUCCAUAUCCACAGUGGGGGUGGAAGACGGGGCCUUCCGGGAGGCUAUUAGCCUCAAAUUGUUGUUUUUGUCCAAGAAUCACCUGAGCAGUGUGCCUGUUGGGCUUCCUGUGGACUUGCAAGAGCUGAGAGUGGAUGAAAAUCGAAUUGCUGUCAUAUCCAACAUGGCCUUCCAGAAUCUCACGAGCUUGGAGCGUCUUAUUGUGGACGGGAACCUCCUGACCAACAAGGGUAUCGCCGAGGGCACCUUCAGCCAUCUCACCAAGCUCAAGGAAUUUUCAAUUGUACGUAAUUCGCUGUCCCACCCUCCUCCCGAUCUCCCAGGUACGCAUCUGAUCAGGCUGUAUUUGCAGGACAACCAGAUAAACCACAUUCCUUUGACAGCCUUCUCAAAUCUGCGUAAACUGGAACGGCUGGAUAUAUCCAACAACCAACUGCGGAUGCUGACUCAAGGGGUUUUUGAUAAUCUCUCCAACCUGAAGCAGCUCACUGCUCGGAAUAACCCUUGGUUUUGUGACUGCAGUAUUAAAUGGGUCACAGAAUGGCUCAAAUAUAUCCCUUCAUCUCUCAAUGUGCGGGGUUUCAUGUGCCAAGGUCCUGAACAAGUCCGGGGGAUGGCCGUCAGGGAAUUAAAUAUGAAUCUUUUGUCAUGUCCCACCACGACCCCCGGCCUGGCUCUCUUCACCCCAGCCCCAAGUACAGCUUCUCCGACCACUCAGCCUCCCACCCUCUCUAUUCCAAACCCUAGCAGAAGCUACACGCCUCCAACUCCUACCACAUCGAAACUUCCCACGAUUCCUGACUGGGAUGGCAGAGAAAGAGUGACCCCACCUAUUUCUGAACGGAUCCAGCUCUCUAUCCAUUUUGUGAAUGAUACUUCCAUUCAAGUCAGCUGGCUCUCUCUCUUCACCGUGAUGGCAUACAAACUCACAUGGGUGAAAAUGGGCCACAGUUUAGUAGGGGGCAUCGUUCAGGAGCGCAUAGUCAGCGGUGAGAAGCAACACCUGAGCCUGGUUAACUUAGAGCCCCGAUCCACCUACCGGAUUUGUUUAGUGCCACUGGAUGCUUUUAACUACCGCGCGGUAGAAGACACCAUUUGUUCAGAGGCCACCACCCAUGCCUCCUAUCUGAACAACGGCAGCAACACAGCGUCCAGCCAUGAGCAGACGACGUCCCACAGCAUGGGCUCCCCCUUUCUGCUGGCGGGCUUGAUCGGGGGUGCGGUGAUAUUUGUGCUGGUGGUCUUGCUCAGCGUCUUUUGCUGGCAUAUGCACAAAAAGGGGCGCUACACCUCCCAGAAGUGGAAAUACAACCGGGGUCGGCGGAAAGAUGAUUAUUGCGAGGCAGGCACCAAGAAGGACAACUCCAUCCUGGAGAUGACAGAAACCAGUUUUCAGAUCGUCUCCUUAAAUAACGAUCAACUCCUUAAAGGAGAUUUCAGACUGCAGCCCAUUUACACCCCAAAUGGGGGCAUUAAUUACACAGACUGCCAUAUCCCCAACAACAUGCGAUACUGCAACAGCAGCGUGCCAGACCUGGAGCACUGCCAUACGUGACAGCCAGAGGCCCGGCGUUAUCAAGGCGGACAAUUAGACUCUUGAGAACACACUCGUGUGUGCACAUAAAGACACGCAGAUUACAUUUGAUAAAUGUUACACAGAUGCAUUUGUGCAUUUGAAUACUCUGUAAUUUAUACGGUGUACUAUAUAAUGGGAUUUAAAAAAAGUGCUAUCUUUUCUAUUUCAAGUUAAUUACAAACAGUUUUGUAACUCUUUGCUUUUUAAAUCUUAAAAAAAAAAAGUUGCUGAAGUACUGUACAGGGUUGUACAAUGAGAACCCAAUGCCAAGGCAAAAAGAACGAGUGAUUCUUCCUUAGGAUACACAUCAACCACUUUGCUGUUGAAGCUGUCAGAAUAAAUUCCUGGUGGUCAGAUGAAAGGGCAGAUUAAAUGGACUCAUGAGGGUAAGAGGAAUAAUAUGGGUAAAACAAGAAAUGGCCCAGAUAGUUUCACACUAUUCCUAUACCUCCAGGUCCGGAAGACAGGUAAAAAAUUCUAUAACAUAAGAAUGGAGGUAGUUACCCUGAUUUGACCCUGUGUGGGAAAUGCUGAAAGCACCAGGAGGAAGCCAGUUCCCGUGAGAUAAGUUAACCCGGCCUGACAGAAUCAAGAAAAUUGAGAUGAGAUUUGAAAGGACCCGAAAAUGCAGGGGUUGGCUUUCUGACUGGGAACUUAAAAAUCACUCUUCAUGCUUCCCUGGUCCUAUGUGAUAACAGAGUUAGAGACUUGAGUCUGAUUUCAGUCAUCAUCAGGGACCAGUCUGAUGUUGUAGCAAGAAGACUCCCUUUAAAAGUGUUACUGUUCAAAUCAUAUGUCAGGUUGAAUCACAUUCAACAGAGAUAUAUUCUAGAAUACUUUUUUAGAAGAGGCUAAUAAAGGGAAGAAUUAUAUUGAAUGGAAUUAUUUUUGAUAAUGAGAAUUAUUUGGGUAGAUUCACUGAGGCUAUGUCAACAUGAUAUUUAGACCAACAGGUGAUCAAUGUUUGGAAAAUACAACAAUGACUUAUUUAAAAAUUACCCUUCCUGCUAUUUAGACAAAAACAACUGAUCAGUGGUUCUGUUAUGUCAGCUGACUUUGUUAGUAUCAUGUUGAAAUAGCUUGAAGUAAUAUCUUUUAUCCCCUUGCAAAUUCUUGUCUUCCAAUCAUCUCCCAUACAUUUUCAUAAUUAGUUGUUUAUGACACCUUUGUUUUUCUCCCUCUGUUCAGUAUUUCAAGGAAAAUUAUGGAUGCCAGUCUUGGCUGCACAAGAUAUCCAUUACGUACUUAUACAUUUUAAAAUGAGCACUAAUUUUCACUGCUAAUAAUUCUGUAAGGACACAUCAAAGCUGGCCAAAAUAAUGAAUUUUUUAAAAAAGCAAUACCUGGUUUCCACCUUGGACUGACUUUGAUCCUGUUCCACUUUUGAAAUUGUAUUUGUUCCUUUUCCAUCGUGGAUGUUCCUCUACUUUGGCAAUUGUGGAGGGCUAAUCAAUCUUAUGUUAGCAGGACAACCCAUGAAAAACAAGUCAGAGAGUGAAGGCUUUUUCCCCAAUCCUGGCAGAGCAGGGCGUAGAAAAGAGAGGAUGUCCAUGCUUAAUUCUAGAUACUUUUGAGACAACAUCUUCAGAAAACACAUAAUUUAAUCUUUGCCAUCCUUAGAUAGAGAAGGGCUAUAGAUCACAUACAUUAUCAAAAACUACUCUCUUCGAAAAAAAUCUUUCGAAAAUCAAAUUUAAACAUUUCACUCUGUGCUGCAUGUUUCUUUUACCAUUGACCAUUAUUAUAGGGACCCAUGAAGUAAAUGUCACAAUCAUCUUACUAGCUCUCUCUCUCUCUCUCGGCAAAAUAAAACUGUGAUGUGUCUUCUUUGUAAAGUUUAGGUAUAAAAUGCUAUGCAACUUUUUCUUUAUAGUAAGAGCUUUAUUUUCUUUAAUAAUAUAGCCCAACUUAUAUGUUUUAAUCUCCCUUGUCCCUCAGAAUAAGCAGAAAAUAUAACUGCAGCUGUAUGUCGUAGACACAAGAAUUGAAACUGUGCAGUCAGUAGAGCUGAACUUAGCUAUGAAUUAAUUUAAAUUAAUUCUAAAGUGACUCUGGUUUCCAUUUUAGUCUAUUAGCUAGAGGGUUUUGGCUGUUGCUUUUUUUAAAGUUAGGUACACACAGUGAAGGGAAAAGAGUCUGUGAAGGUGAUCAGUGUAGCAGUAAGACAUCUAAAAUCAAGACAAUGACAUGGGGGCUUUGUGUACUUAGCUGGAUAAUUCCCUUCUACUGUCCUCUUCCUCUUGGCUGUGUAGAUAAAAUUGUGCAUUCAAAUGAUGGUACUUUGACUUUUGAGGGUUUUUAUUUCUGUUAUUCACAAAAUAUUCAUUCUCAUUUAUGUAUAUUGUAUGUUUAACCCCCAGUGGGAUUUCUGGCUGCUGAAACCGCUUUGGGCCAGGAAGAACAAGGAUGAAGAGGUUCCUGUCAUUUCUUAUGGGGUUCACAGAAUUAUUUGGGGCUUAAAUGGUACAAUGGAGACAGUCAUGUGCAAUGCUUAAGAUGGUCUGACAGGGUCCCUUUUGCUGGAGGUGUUCCUGAAGAGAUUGAACCUAGUAACAGGCUUUAUUUUCACCUUGUGUACAACAUGGCAAAGACUGCUAAGAUUAAAAUCCGUCUCCCAUUUGUUACAGCCUCACCUGCACCAGGAUAGAAAGCACGUGAUGGAAUCUGUGAUGUCUAAUGUGUCUUAUGAAAAUUGCCAAACAACUGUCCCUGGGGAUUCUGCUUUGAUUGGCAUUUUCAGUCAUGGGAAUGUAUUUUUGCUGAUAUACCUGCUCUGUGUUUGGGCCUCUCUUGCUGUCAUUAUGAUGUAUUUUGAGAUGAUUAGUCAAGAGUCAAGGUUGCGAGUACAGGCCAAGACCAUGGGGAAAAAAGCCAUGCUCACUGGCCAAUAAAGAGCUUGAUGCUGCCUGGCCAAAUGAGGUGGUUCAGAUAGAAUCUGAUCCCGUUCAGAGCUUGGUAAAUGUCACUGUACAGAAGACAUUGAAAAGGAAGAGGCAUAGUCAUGAUCAAAAGGAUAUAUUGACAGUUAUCUAUAGCCAGGGUAGUUGUUAAUACCUGCUUGUCUGGGGAGAUGUGUUUGAUUAUAGAGAGACUCUGGGCCACCCUCAAACACCGUCAGAUGCAUUAGCAGCCCACUGCAUGGGACAAUCGCAGGCAGAUACGAGGAAUGUAUCCCCUGCCUAUUUUCCUUGUGUAACAAACGGAAAACAUUCUCCCCUGUGAGAAAUAAUGCAAUUUCUAAUUAUCUGGAUGUUCGUUGAAAAUAUAUUAGACAUUCUCCCUGAGGUUAAAAACAAAAAGUAUGUGACCAGUCUGGUAAGAAGUAUUAAUGAAGUAGCUAAUAUUACAGCUUCAUUUUCUACUAGCACCUAUCAUAAUGGUCUUAGUCAUUUCACACAAAUCAGAACUUCCUUCCCCACCAGGGAGGACAACAUCUUCAUGCUGUGAUUGAAGCAUCCAUUCAGAACACGAGGCAAUAUUGUAGUCCACAGGGAAUGGAUGCUUCACUUGAUCGCCGGACCUCGGCUGCAGAGGCCAUCGCAGCUUUUGAAAAGUGAAGUGGUUACUUUCCACUGGUGUCUUUGCUUAAGCAUUUUUCUCUAACCCAUAACAAGGAGACAUUACACUUUACUUUAGAACAUGAGAAUAGCAGUUUUGCUCACGACUUACCAUUCCAGCUGCAUGGGGAAGCAAAGCAGAAAACAGUGCCCCAAAUGGAAAAAAGAUACUCACACAGAACAAAACCGUUCUUGGUCUUGUUCUUGGUCUUGUCAAACCUUGCCUGAUGCUCUUUCUAAAGUCAAAAUAUGAAUGCUAAGAAGGCAUAACCUACAUCCUUCUCUGAUUUCUUCAGCAGGGUCAAAAGACAGUUACUAGCAAUGGGGAAUGCUUGUCACUGUGGAGAAAGAGUUUUGUAUAUGUCUGAUACCGUUGUUAUAACAAAACAAAUUUUUUUACUAUAGUUUUUUGUUUUCUAUCUGCACACCCACCAGAAGAGCACAAAGCAAGGCCAUUGCAACAGGCAUUUAAAAAUUAUUAUCAAACAUGCACAUGCUUGUACACACACACACACACACACACACACACAGGGGCAUUUGUGAAGGUGUCCCUGGAAUGUAAGAUUUAUAAUGUUUAAGGCAAGGUGAAGGCAUUGCCAAGUGUGUGUCGCUCAUAGGACUAGUGUAUAUUCACUGAAAGUUAACCUGAUGAUUUGUUAUUGUUUGAACCAUAUGCUGAUUUGCUUCUGAUUUCUGUUUAGUGUGUUCUCUCUGAUAAGGGGCUGAAAGAUUCUGCAUCACACAGCCUCUGAGACCUACCAUGUCGCACACUUUGUUCAUGACAAACUUCACUCUACACUAUACAGUACCUUGUUGAUAUAUUCAGUAAAGUCUUAUUUUAAAAGAAAA